AUGGAAAGAUCUAGAAAGCAUCGUGCACUUUCAAUUACACCACAUAAACAAAAACAGUAUAUGCUUGAUAUUGAAGAUAAUAAUGUAUCAACAUCAUCAUUAACUACAACAACCACCACCACCACCACAACAACAACAACAACAUCAACAACACAUAAUCAUGAAUCAAAUGAAAGAAGUAAUCAACUAUUAGAAUCAUUAAUUGUUUUAAAAGAAAAGAUAAAAUUAUUGGAUAGUACAGAAAAGAAUCAUUGUAUAACUCAAGGUGGUAUAACAAUAUUAAUACAAUGUCUAUGUUAUUGUGGUAAAAACUCUAUAAAAAAUGAUGUAAUCAUAGAGAUUUGCCAACAACUCAUCGAUAAUUCACAUGAUGCAUCACGUUUAUUUUGUAAACAAAUCAUUUCUCAUCUUUAUAAUGACAUUGAAUGUAUUGGUAUUUCUGAUGUCUUAACAAAAAUUAUUUCUUUUUAUCCUUUAAGAUCUAUUUUUAUUGAAGAUUUAUGCAUACCAAAAUUAUUAGAAAUUUAUUAUAAAUGUUCAUUAGCUUUAUCAAAUAUAAAAUUUAAAGUUGAUCCUUCUAUACAUAUAAAUUCAACACCAGUUGUGCAACAAUCACAACAGCAAUUAUCAAAUUCAUCAUCAUCUAUACCAACAUCAACAUCAAGUCCUUUACAAUCAUCGUCAUCAUCAUCGUCAUCAUCUGCAACAACAGCAUCUACAGCAUCAACUACAUCUUCAACUACUUCAAAUUCUUCACCAACAAAAACUUUAGGAAAACAACAACAAAAACAAAAUUCACAACAACAACAACAACAACAACAACAACAACAACAACAACAACAACAACAACAACAACAACAACAACAACAACAACAACAACAACAGCAGCAACAACAGCAACAAAAACUUAAUAUACAUGAAUUUCAAUCCAUACAGAUACCUUGUUGGGAUGAUGGUGUACCACCACCUCCACCACAAGGUUUCACUUUUGAGAAUUUAUUAACAAGUGUACCAAUACCAAGACCACCACUUUUUCAACAACAUCAACAAUCAACUACUAGUAAUAAUAAUAAUAAUACAAUAAUACAACAAUCAAAUACAAAGAGUGGGGAUGUUACAACACCAACCUCAAUUUUAUCACCAAUAUCUACAAUAACAAAUAAUAAUAACAAUGUAAAUAGUACAAAUAUAACACCAGCACCAACACCAAAUUUACCAUCAUCUGUAACAUCACCAAUUUCAACAUCUACCAAUCCACCAUCAAACAAUCCAAAACCAACCUCAAUUGGUCAAAUUCAAAGUUUACAUUAUCAUAAUCCAAGUUUAUAUCAAACUCCACCAUUAUUUAAUAGAAAUAGAGGCAAUAAUAAUAAUAAUAAUAAUGAUAGUAAUACUAGUAGCCCAAUGGAUAGUCCAUUAAUUUCUUCAACUGUAGCAUCUUUAAAUUCAAAUAAUUCAACAGCGGCAGCAACAACAACAACAACAACAACAAUAUCAACACCAACGAUAUCAACACCAUCAAUAACAUCAAGAGUACCACCAUUACCAUUAUCAAAUAGUAUAAAUAAUAAUAAUGUAAAUCAAAUCCAUCCAAAUAAUACACCAAAUAGUGCAACUAGUGGUGGAUCAAUUAGUAAAGUUCCAAUGCUUUCAAUGGGUGGAAUUGGUGGUGGUGGUGGAGGUGGUAGUGGUGGUGGUGGUAUAUCGAAAUCAAUUGUACCACGUUUAAAUUUACCAGUACGUGUUGAAAAUAGUACAAGAAAUACAAGAUCAAGUAGAAGAAGAGAUGAUGCAUCCAAUUCAACAAGAUCACAUCAAGGUGAAUUGAAAAUUGAAACUAGUGCAUCUAAAGAAUUGAGUGAUUUAGCAAUUAAAUUGGGUGAAACCUAUAUGACAGCAGAUCUUACAGCAUUGAUAUCAUAUAAACAAGCAAUUGAAUCACACAAACAAUCAAAACGUUCAAUACCUUCAAGAAGAUAUGAUAUACCACCGAUUUCAAGUAAAAACACAGCAGCAUUAUCAAUGGUAAAUCAACAACAAUCUUCAUUUUCAGAGUUAAAUCUAUACAAAGUUAGAUGUAAUAUUCUAAAGACAUUGAUCUCAUCGACAUCAAAUAAUUUAAUGUUGUUACAGUAUGGUAAUAACCCAAUAAACAUAUUAUACUCUGAAUCGAUAUUACUUCACAAAGGUAUCAUUCCAUCUGAUAAGGAUCAUUUAACCUUGUUUUAUAAAUUGGCAAGUCAUUGGUCAGAUUAUGUAGAGUAUAUUCAUCGUAAUCGUUGGAGGGACGUUACCAAAGGUAUGGGGUUAGAGAGAAAAGCAUCAUUUAGAAAGAAAUUGGAUUUACUCUUAUGGAGAAUCAAUUCUAGUAUCUCAAAUAUGUUGGAAACUUUUACCUUUGAUGAUAUGGAAUAUCAACUUUGCAUACUCUCAGAGUAUAUGGAGAAUUGUCCCUCAAGAAUUCUUUCAUCUCAAGUGGUUGACGUUUGUAUUGAAUCAUUGUUAAAAGUAAAACAUAGUAUAUUUCGUGGUCCAAUCACAUCGGAUAGAGUUAAAGACAUUCAUAUCAUUCAUUAUCUAUUGACCGUAUUCGAUGAAAUCAUUAAACAAAAUAAAAGUUCACCAAUCAAUGAUUUAUUCAUUUCAAUAUUUUUAGAACGUGAUGAAACUUUUCAAUUCAUUAAACAAUAUACAAUUCAAAUUCUUACAAAUGAAUCAAUCGAAAGAGAAUUCUCAAAAUGUUAUCCAAAUGAUCAAAAUAAAAUUCGUUUAACUGAAUUUCGUUGUCGUUCAAUUAAACAUUUUUCAAUUUGUGUUAAAAUGUUAAAAUUUAAAUUUAAAAAACAACAAGAAAAUAAAUUAUAUAAUCAACAUAAUUGUAAUAAUAAUAAUAUAAAUAAUAUAAAUAAUAAUAAUAAUAAUAAUAAUAAUAAUAAUAAUAAUAAUAAUAAUAAUAAUAAUAAUAAUAAUAAUAAUAAUAAUUCAAAUAAUAGUGGAAGUAGUGGUAAUUUAGCAAAUAAUUUAAAUACACCAACUUCAAGUCAAACAAAUUCAUCAUCAACAACAACAGCAGGAACUAAUCCAACAUCAACAUCAACAUCAUCAACAACAACAGGAACUAAUUCAACAACAACAACAACAAAUGAAAAUGAAAUACCAGAUUUAUUAAAAAAAAUGGAAUUUUUAUUAUUACCACAAGGGAAUGGUGUAAUUUUACCAUUUUUACAAUCAAACAAUUUCUUUACUCAUUUUAAUGUAAAGAAACAAAUGCUUAAAUUUUUAAAUCAUGUUUUCCUUUUCAAAAAGAAUCCAUUCACUAAAAAGAAAUUAUAUAUUGAUUCAUAUAUUAGUUAUAUUUAUAUAAGUUUCAUUAAAUUAUAUAAUAAUUAUAUUUUUGAUCAAGCAACUUUAACAUUAUGUAGAUUAUUUUUAAAUAUUUUAAUUUCUUUUUCUGUAAAUAAAAAUGAUAAGAUAUCAAUGAAAUUUUAUCAAUUAAGAACAAUGGAUUUCUUAGUUAGAGAAGUUAAUUUGGAAUAUGAAAUAAAACAAAAUAAAGAUCAAUUUUUAAAACCAUUAUCAUCAAUUCCAUUUUUUGCAAAUAGUUCAGAUGAUACAUCAUCCUCUUCCUCAACUUCAUCUUCAUUAUCAUUAUCAACAACAACAACAACAACAACUACUACUACAACUAAAACAACUACAACUACAAACACAAAUUCUACAACACCAAUUAAAACUGGUGGUCCACCUACCAUUCCUAAAUUAGCUACACCAGGUACAAAAUUAAAUCUUGGUUUAAAUUUAAGUGGAAUCACUAAAACCGACAAUAGUAGUAACAACAAUAAUACAAGUUCACCUCCUGUAAUUCCAAAAUUAUCACUUCAACCUAAAAUUGAUAGUGGUUCUUCAACAUCAUCACCAUCAACUUUGAUAUCCACUCCAUCAACUUUGGCAUCUACUCCACCAACUACAGGAGUUUCUUCAAAUCCUCUAAUUAAACCAAAAUUCUCUUUGAAUUUAUCAUCUAUAAGUAAAGGUUCUCCAGCUUCAACUUCAUCAUCAAAUUUAACUACAACAACUAUAUCAUCAUCAUCAUCAUCAUCAAAUUCAACUACAACAUCACUUACAACAGUUCCAGCCUCAACAAUAAUAGAUUCUACAUCAUCAACAUCAACAUCAACUACAACUACAACUAUAGGAUCUGUUUCCACAGAACCACCAUUACCUGCUCCACCCAAACCAAAAUUCUCAUUGAACUUAUCAUCAGUUAGUAAAACUGGACAAGCAUCAACUUCAACACCAAAUCUUUUAAAUUUAAAAAAUAUUCCAACAACCACUAACAAUAGCAACUCAACAACAACAACAACUACUACAACACCAACAGGAAAACCACAAUUUUCUUUAAAUUUAUCAUCAUUAAGUAAAAGUUCAUCAUCAACUGAAACUGUACCACCAUCACAACCAAACCAACCAAUAUCAAAACCAAUAAUUAAAUCAUUAAAUUUAGGAUCAAUAAGUAAAGGAGGUUCAACAACAACAACAACAACUACAACAACACCACCACCAAUAAAUAAUAGUAAUAAUACUAUUGCUUCCAACAACAAUGAAAUAAAUUUACCAAAAUUAUCAAAUAGUCCAAUUAAUAUUUCAAGUUCAAAACCACCAAUUUUAAUACCAAAAUUAGUAUUACCAGCAAUUAAAAUUAGAUCAGAAGAAGAUACUAAACAAGCUGGUACUGGUGUAUUAUCAUCAAUUGAACAAAAGAUUGAUCCACAAGAUCCUAAAUUUCAAUUGGUAUUGGAUAAUCCAUCACAAUCGUUAACACCAUCUGAUCGUGAUAGUGAACAAAUGAUUGAACCAACAGAAAAUGAAAUUUUCAAUGAAAAUCAACGUUAUCAAUUGGAGAGAAAUAAUCGUAAACUCUAUCAUGAUAGGGAUUUACAUAUUUCAUUACUUCAAUUAAUUUUCAGUUUAUUAUUAAAUUCAAACCAAACUCUUGAACAUCUUUAUUCCGAUCAAUUCCCAAUUGUUGCAAAGAAAUUGAAUGUACCUUUCAUUCUUCAUUUACAUAUUAAUCAUCAAGAUAAUGAGAAGAUCAUACCAGAGUUAACAAAGAGAACUCAUGAAAUGGGUCCAAAUCAUUUUAGAAUUUUAAAGUUACUCUUUAGUAGACUAUAUCAUUCCAAUCUUUUUAAAGAUUUAAAACGUGUUGCAAAGGGUGCCUAUGGUACAGUGUACAAAGGUACAUUGGGUAAUGAUGAAGGUUUGGAAAUCGCUGUAAAACUAAUGCCUGUUCCAAAAACAAUUCAUGACCGUUGUGUACUUUAUGAUAUUUUCACAGAGAUUUUAAUUAUGGAUACAUUUAGAAGUGAUUCAAGAGGUUGUCAUAUGUUUGAUUAUGGUGUCGAUGGUGAAAACUAUUGGAUAGUAAUGAAAUCUUAUAAAUGUAGUCUAAAAGAGUGGAGAUUAAAACAAACUUUACCAUUUUUAGAAUUAUUACCACUACUUUUAAAUAUAUUUACCAAUGUACUUCAAAGUGUUCAAUUUUUAGGUGAUCAUAAAAUCAAUCAUUUCGAUAUUAAAUGUGAUAACUUUUUGGUACAUCCAUUGAAAAAAGGUACCAUAGAAGAGGACUUUUGGAAUCAACCAACCAAUGAUCCAAACUUUGCAGUUUGUUUAGCCGAUUGGGGUGAAGCUAAAGUUUACACUCAAGACGUAGAAGGUUAUACAACUAGAAAUCGUGGUACCGAGUUUAUAAAAUCACCAGAAAUGCUCACAAUUGCAUACGCUUCUCAAAAGACUCGUGAAAAUUUUGAUAGACGUAAAAAAGUUGGUUCAAAUACUGCAAGUGAUGUUUGGUCAUUGGGUUGUCUUUUCUAUGAAUUGUUAACUGGUGAUUUUCUCUUUUACGACGAUGAUUGGGUUAAAUUCUUUAUUCGUGUCACUCAACCUGGUCAAGAACUUAUUACACCCGAAAGAAAAUCAAAGGUUGCAAAUAUUCCUGCCAUUUUAGAUUAUUUGGAUUAUGUAUUCAUUCGUGAUCCUUUCUAUCGUCCAACUCUAAGAGAUUUGUUAACUAAAUUCAUUGCAAUUAAACCAACCAUCCUAUCACAAUGGGAACAAUUGAAAAAGAAAUUAGAUGGUCAUAUGUCAAAUCAAAUGAAUACCGUCGAGAAACCAAAACAAUACUAUAAUGGUGGUGAUGGUACAAGCUAUAAGGCAAAGAGUAUUAAAUUCACUGGUCACUAUACUCCAGGUCGUUUCUUGCCACAUAGUUACAAUGCUAAUAAUCCAAUCAAAGUGGGUAGUCUAAUGGUAGAUGGAGAUAAAUCAACUUUGGAAAUGCCCUAUGAAGCUGCAGAGUUUCCUGAACAUCGUUUCUAUAUGGAUAGACCAUCAAAAGUUGCCUCGUUUAUGUAUAUCUCCUCUUUUAAUCCCUCAAUGAAUAAAAACAUGUUAAUCAAUGAAUAUCAAAUCACUCAUAUUAUCAAUUGCACUGGUUCUCCAAAUGCUUUCCCAGACCAUUUCGAGUAUCUUCAUUUACAACUUCAUGACCAACCUCAUCAAGAUAUCACUCAAUCAUUAUCAUUGGCUUUUGAUUUCAUUCGUGAUGCUAUCGUUCAUCAUGGUAAAGUUUUAAUUUGCUCUGAUAAAGGUGUUUCUCGUUCAUCUGCCUUGGCAAUUGGUUACUUUAUGGAUUCACGUUCCAUUAGUUAUUUUGAAGCAUUCAUUCUCGUUAGAGAUUGUCGUUACAUUAUCUCUCCAAAUACUGGUUUCGUUGAACAACUUUGUCGUUGGGGUAAACAAAGAAGAAACUUUAAAGGUCUCUCUGAAUGGGGAGGUGGUGAAACAAAUUCAACCCUUUUUCAAUGUCUUUGUGGUGCUUGUUCUUUCACUUUGUUAACUCCAUUCGAUAAUAGAAAAUACUCAAACCCAAAAAAAUGUUGUUGCACUCCUGGCUCUGAUUUGGAUUGUCCAAAUCAUAUAAUCGGUUGUUCAAACUUUUUAGGUGAUAUGAAAAAACUUCAUGGAUAUAAUAAUUUAAAUUAUUUAGCUUGGGGUUAUACUAAUAUUAUUAAUGUUGUUGGUGAUUAUGAAAGAUCUUCAAUUGAAAUUGUUUAUAAUAAUAACAGUAAUAAUAUUAAUAAUAAUAAUAAUAAUAAUUCAAAUAAUAGUAAAUCAAAGCAACAACAACAACAACAGCAAAAUCAAAACAUACAACAAAACAAUGAUUGGAAUUUAUUUAAAUGUAAAUUUUGUCAUUUCUUAACUUGUGCAAUUUCAAAAUCCACAUCAGGUGUCAAUGAAAAUUUGAUUGCCGUUGUUACCAAUCAAAGAACAAAUUAUUUCCCCUCCACUUUAAAAUAA